AUGGAAGAAGAUAAAUUAAUAAAUGAAAUAUACACAAAAAAUGAUAAUAAUAAUAAGAAGGAAGAAAUAAAGAAAAUUUUAAAAAAUAUAAAAGAUAGUGAUAAUACCAAAGAUAAAUUUAUGAACAUUUUAAAAUUAACAAAAUAUAUAAAUGAUUUAAAAGAAAGUGAUAAAAUUAAUGUUUUAAAAUCUAUUGACGUUGAAUUUUUAUGUUUAUUAUUACGUUCUCAAAAUGAAUUUAAAUUAUUUACCUUACGUUUAAUUAAUAGUCUCAUAGGUAAUUCAACUUGUGUUUAUUUAAAAACUUGUUUCCCUUUUAUCAAUUCUAUUAUCGUUUCUUAUUCUUGCUAUGUAAAAAACUGGAGUAACAGAUUAAAAAAGGCUGUGCAGAUAUGCAAUAAAGAAAAUAAGAAGGGUAUAAAUAAAAAUGCUUCUAUUGAAAAUAAUUGUGAACAAAAGGAAAAGGCUUUCUCUAUAUAUGAUAAUAAGUAUAACACUUGUGCAGGUGAUAAUAAAUAUGAAGAUGAUGAUAAACACGAAUGUGAUGAUAAACAUAUAGAUGAUGAUAAUUAUAUAUCGUGCGAUCAGGAUGAGCUAAAAGAUAUAAAUAUAAUAUACAACGAAUGUAUAACGUUUUUCUUAAAAACUCAAGCAUUUUUAAAGGAAGAAGAAAUUAUUAAUAAUUUUUAUUUCAAUUCUGAAAAUAACGAUUUAGAUGUUGAUGUGGAAAUGUAUUUUUUUAACAAAAGAUUAAAAAAAAAAUACAAUGAAGAAAAAGACAAUGUUAUAAAUAAUGAAGAGGAUGUUGAAGAAAAUAAUUUUAUUGUUAAUAAAAAAAAAGUAAAUCAUGAUACAAAAAAUAAGUAUGAUUUAAAUGAUAUCAAUAAUAUAAAUCAAAAAAGAUAUUUUGAUAAUGAAAAAAAUUCUUCAAAUAAUAUUUGUGAUGAUAAUACAUCCGAUACUGAUAUGUCAAUACUAGAUGAUAAUGAUGAUAAAGAACAAGAUUUUUAUUUUUCAAAUGAAAAAAUUUGCUUGAUUAAUUUAAUUUUUACCAUAUUAAAAGAAAAUAUUAAUUUGAAGGAACUCAAAAAUAUAAAAAAUAAUAAGAAAGGGAACAACAAUGAUAUAAAUGUAGAUAAUAUGAACAAUAAGGACAAUAUAAAUAGUAUAUAUAAAAAAAAGUGUAUAGACAUAUCCAAAUAUAAUAUAUCCCUAUUAAAUGAACAGUGUAUUUAUAUUUCAUUACAUUUUUUGAAUAAUAUAAUUUUGAAAUUAAAUGAUAAUAAAUAUGUAAAAGAAUAUUUCCAUUUAUUAAAUAGAUUAGCAGAAAAUUAUAAUGAACCUAAAUUAAGAAUUACUGUUAUGAAUUGCUUAACAAAUUUAAAUAUAUAUAUAAAAAAAAGAAAUAUUGAAAAUAUAUUGGAUGAAAAAAAUAUAUAUAAAUUUUAUGCAAAUAUAAUAUAUUAUUUUUCUGAAAUAAAAGAUGAGAAAGAGAAAGAAAUUUUAUAUAGAUUAUAUUCCACAAUAUAUUCAUGUUUACAUUUUAUAUAUGUUAAUUAUGAUUCGAUAGAUAUUUUAAAAACUCCUUUAUCUUAUAUGAGUGUUGAAUUAUAUUUAUUUUUUGAAGAUGUUAUGAAAUAUGUAAGUAAAAAGGAAUUUAAUAAUUAUAUUUUUUAUAACAAAUAUUUUAAACAAAUGAUUCAUAUGAUAUGUAUAAAUGUAGAACAUAUCUUAAAAUUUUUAAGUGAACAUUAUUCAUGGUAUUAUGAAAAGGAUGAAAUAAAAAAUGACGAUAAAGGAAAAGAAAUUUCCUCUUUAUCUGUUGUAGAAAAUCCAAAUAUUAUGAUAGAAAAAAAAAAAUUAAUAAAAAAUGAAAAUACAAGAGAAAACCUAAAUGAUAAAAAUAAUAACAAUAUAUUAUAUGUUAAUCCAACAGAUAAGAUAUGUAAAAAGACAGUAAUAGAACUUGACUUAAAUAAUAUGUAUGGUGUAAUUUUAAAAAUAAAAAAGAUUAUGGAUAUUUUAUUAGAAUUUUUUAAAGAUAUAAAAGAUAUAUUUAAAUUACAAGAUGAAGAAAAACAAAAAGAUUUAAUAAAAUUUAAAAAUGAAUUUAAUAAAGAAAUAAAUGUACUUAUAAAAUUAUUUUGUAAUUAUUUAAUUUAUGAAAAUGUUCAUUAUAUUGAUGACUUUAUUAAUUUAUUAGAAUUCUUUUCAAUUAUAAUAAAUGAAGAUAAUUUCUUUUAUCUUUUAAUAGUUAAAUAUAUAGAUCCUAACAGAUAUUUUAAUAACAAAAUAUUCUUAUCAAAAUUGUUAUUAUAUAUAUUCAAUUUAAAUAUGAAAAAUAUUGUUCAAAUAAAAAUUUUAUUUCAUUUAUAUAAUAAAUGUACAUUUAAUAUAUUAAAUUAUUUAGAAAUAAAUGAACCAAAAGACAUUUCUAAUUUUUCUUCAUUCAUUCAAAAUAACACACAUAAUUAUAGUUUUAUACAAAUAUUAAACAUAUCAAUAGAUAAAUUAAAUAACUUAAAUUUUAUAUAUAUAUUAUGUCAAGAUGAAUAUCAAAUAAAAAUGAAUAAUAACUCUAAACAAAAUAUAAAAAAUCUCCUUCUUUUUCAUACUCAUUUUUUCUUUUAUUAUUAUUUUAGUAUACUACAACAACAUAAUUUUGAGAUUAUAAAUGAACAGAAAAAUAAAUUCGAUUUAUAUAAGGAAAAUUAUUAUAAUAUAUCUAAUAAUAGUAUUAAAAAAAAUACACACCAAUUUUUUCUCUCUCUAAAAAUUCUGUUUGCUAUAUCAGCCUUUCUUUUUAUGAGAUUUGAUUCUUAUGAUUGUCUGAUAUUAUCCUUGUUGAAUUUAAAAUUUUUAAACGAACAUGAAUCCAAGGAUAAUGAAUUAAGUGAAAUGAAAAAAAAAAAGAAAAAAUACUUUUAUCAAGUUUUAAAAUUGACUUACUUUAUUAUGUAUUAUCAUCCAUAUUUUAUUUCUCUUUUUAUUUUCCGUUGGAAACAAAUAAAAGAUCAGGAUAAUAACAAUGUUUUUUUUGAUGUCAAUAAAAUAAAGUUGAAGGAAGAACACUUAUCCAUUUGUAAAUUAUUAAAUAAUUUUAUUAGCAAUUAUGUAUAG